AUGGUGCCUUGCGAGCAGCGCUUGUCGAAAUCAGUUCCCCGCCUCGGCGCUGUUGCCCUCUGCAGCUUCGAGCCCGGGGACCUGGUCGGCGAGGAGGCGCCCCUGCUGCAGCUCUCCGCGGACGCGGUGCCUGAGCAACAGCUCCAGACUCUCUCUUCAGGGGCGCGGCACCAGCUGCUGGAGCUCAGUGAUUUUUCGGCCGAGAAGACGGUGCAGGGCAUUCUUGACACAAACAGCUUCGAGAAAGGUCUGGGGUCUGCCGACCGGGUCCUGUGCCCUACUUUGGCUCGCUUCAACCACUCUUGUGUUCCCAACUGCCAGCAUGUCUGGGACAGCGAUGCAGAAGUAAUGCGCAUCCUGGCCUCGACAGAGAUUUCCGUCGGUGAUGAGCUGAGCAUUGACUACAUUGACAUCCGCCAAAGCCGCCAAGAGCGGCAAGCCUUGCUGAGUCGCAAGUACGGCUUCCAGUGUACUUGCCCGGCGUGUCAGCAAGGAGAUGACGAGGGCGACAGGCGGAGGCAGAUCAUGGCCCGCAUCGAUGACGAGAUUGGAGGGGCCUCGCCGGAAGAAGUUCUGGAGUUGGUGCAGCGCCUGUUGCAGCUCUAUGAUGAGGAGGGACUGCAUCUUCACGCACUACGAGGCAGCUGA